CGCUCGGGUGGCCUCUCUCUCUCCCUCUCUUUCUCCUGAGGCUAUGUCCACCCCGUGCGGCAAGGGGGGCAGCGCCAGAGGCACGCCGCCGCCCGGGGGCUACAGAGCCCAGGACCAGCCCUGCAAGAUGCACUUAGGACCCCCGCGGCUGGAAGAAUGAGCUUGUUCUUCCUCCUCCUCCUCUUCCUCAGCCACUUGAUCCUCAGCGCCUGGGCUCAAGGAGAGAAGCGCCUCGCCCCCAAAGGGCAACCCGGACCCGCUGUCACUGAUAGGAGCCCGGGAGGCGCCAGCCCCAGCCUGAGCUGUAGUAGCACCACGUCUUCCUUCUCUUCCUCCUCUACCUCCUCUUCCACUGCGGCUACUCUGGGCAACCAAGGAAGCGGCUCAGAGCAGAGCAGCUUCCAGUGGAGCCCCUCGGGGCGCCGGACCGGCAGCCUCUACUGCAGAGUGGGCAUCGGUUUCCAUCUGCAGAUCUACCCGGAUGGCAAAGUCAAUGGAUCCCAUGAAGCCAAUAUGUUAAGUAUUUUGGAAAUAUUUGCUGUGUCUCAGGGGAUUGUAGGAAUACGAGGAGUUUUCAGCAACAAAUUUUUAGCGAUGUCAAAAAAGGGAAAACUUCAUGCAAGUGCCAGAUUUACAGAUGACUGCAAGUUCAGGGAGAGAUUUCAAGAAAACAGCUAUAAUACUUAUGCCUCAGCAAUACACAGAACUGAAAAAACAGGACGUGAGUGGUAUGUGGCUCUGAAUAAAAGAGGGAAAGCUAAACGAGGCUGCAGUCCACGGGUCAAACCCCAGCACAUCUCUACCCAUUUUUUGCCGAGAUUCAAGCAGUCGGAGCAGCCAGAACUUUCUUUCACAGUUACUGUUCCUGAAAAGAAAAAGCCACCUAACCUUAUCAAGCCAAAGGUUCCCGUUUCUGCACCCAGGAAAAGUCCUAACACAGUGAAAUACAGACUCAAAUUUCGCUUUGGAUAAUAUUCAUCUUGGCCUUGUGAGAAAUCCUUCUUUCCCCUCAGGAGUUUGUAUAGGUGUCUUCAGAGCCCUGAAGAAAAACUUUUGGACAGAGCCUCAGCUGUACUACACUGUACUGAAGCCAGGUUAUUUGUUUCAGUUUGACUGAAGAAAAUAUGUUUUCAAAUAGGAACUGAACUGGAAUUCUUUGUACCAUUAUGGGGUGAACACUGUUUCAAUUCAGUAACAUGUAAAGCCUUUUGCUUUAUGCUUAGGGAAUAUUUAGAACUCUGUAUUUUCAGAACGUCGAAUAGCGUGGACUAUGUAUUUUUUCUGACUUUUACAGAUCAACUUGAAAGAACAUACAUGGUACAUUUUUAUUUUUGAUUUCCAAAGAAUAUUUUGAUGCAGAUAAAAUAUUUUAUUAACUUUUGAUUUUUUGUUUUUUAAAAAAAGUACCUCUGCAUUGAGCAUAUUUUCUUACUUUUAUUAUUUUAAUUAAUGUCAUAAGCAAUCAUUUUAAUGUAGUUUUAUGAAUUAUAAAUGUGUUUAUAGACCAUUUGUAACACGUGGAUUUCUUUUGCAUUUUUAUUAUUCACCUCACUUUUUAUUUUUUAACCAUACCUCAGAUACUGUAAAUUUAGUUCUAAGUCUUAAAAUGUUUAAAUUCACUUCCCCAGC